AUGAUUACAAAGACUAUAAAUAAUACGUGCUCGUACAUUUUAAUAGCUGGUCCUGUCUGUGAAGCAAUCGCUUGCAUCCUCACAGUCGUGUUUGAUAGCGACAGAGAGCGGACCGAUAUGGACGUACAAAAUAAAGUUUGCUUAAUUACUGGGGCCGCUACCGGCAUAGGGUCUGGAGUGGCCCGUGCGUUAUUGGAUAAGGGGGCAAAGCAUGUAGCUGUACUUGAUGUGAAUGUAGAGCAAGGGAAAGCUUUAGAAAAGGAACUAAAUGCCAAACAUGGAAACAAUAAGAUGACAUUUUUUAAGUGUGAUGUCACCACGAAUGAAUUGCAUACAGCUUUCGAUGAAACUGUAAAAACGUUUGGUUAUAUUGAUAUAGUUGUGAAUAACGCUGGGAUUAUGAACGAUCAUCCGACUGCGAUUGAAAAGGAGAUCGCUAUCAAUGUGUCUGCUUUAAUAACUGGUUCACUCAAAGCUUAUAAUCUAAUGCGCAAAGAUCAAGGAGGGAAGGGUGGCACUAUAAUCAACAUAUCCUCAAUAGUGGGAUUGAUGCAGAGUUAUCUUCUACCAGUCUACAGUGCAACUAAGAGUGCUGUUCUACAAUUUAGCAAUUGCCUUGGAAAAUCUGAAAAUUUUACACGAUCUGAUGUUCGAGUGAUUGCAAUAUGUUUCGGCAUUACGGAUACAAAUCUUAUUAAAGGUAGAAUCGGAUGCAUUGAUGACAGACUUGAAGACGAAUUGCUUGUCGCCUUAAAGAAGUUUCCUUUUCAAAGUAUAGAUUCGGCAGUCCAAGGCCUUAUUACUGCAUUGGAAAGCGGUUCAAGCGGAAGCAGUUGGCUUGUUGCUUCAAAUAAACCGGCAGAAGAUAUUACUAAUAAUGUAAGAAAGGCCUAUGAAAUAUUAUUUCAAGGGGUAUUG